CGCUCUUCGAAAUUGAGUUAGUUCGGCUGUGCACGCAGAAGGGUUCGGACCGUGCUGUUCUUUCUCGUCGCGAUGUGAAAAACAUUUUCCGGAAAUGUCUGCGAUGGAAGCAAAACCCAAUUCGACUGAUAUUGACCCUGCCACCAGGCUAGCCUAUCACCAACGUAAUCCUAGCUACACAAUCCGCGUAAUCUGUUGCGUCUUCUUCAUUUUCCUCACAGAAAUCUGUUUAGCCCACUACGUCUAUAGACUGAUCAACUCGGAAAUACGAAGUGAUUAUGUGGCUAAACAAGAUUUCCAGCAGUAUUUUCUAAAUGAAAUCCGAAAUGAAAACGGCAGACAAGAAGUUUCUCGGAUUAUACGUGAAUAUGAGAAACUUGGAAACAUUUCCAACAGAAAGAGACGAAGUGCAACCGGAAAUUUAAAUUAUAAUUUGUUAAGUUCGCCUGGCGAUGAGCCUCAUGUGGAAUUUUUUAACCCGGAACUACGGAGCGCACUGGAAGCAAAGGAUGAAUUAAUUCGUCAACAAACUGGAAAUAAGGGAGCAGCACCGGGGGGUGACUCGUGGAUAUGGCUGUCUAGUUACAGCAGAAUACCGGAAAAAGCGCUCGAGGGCUACUGUAAAAAAGUUCAUCAAUUUUGUCCGCCGGGACAACCAGGACCAGUUGGUCCCCCGGGAUCUCAAGGUCCCAAAGGAGAGCGAGGAGAUAAAGGAUUUCCUGGUGUUCCGGGCCAAAUGGGUCAUCGGGGAUUACCGGGUCUGCCCGGGGAAAAGGGUUCACAAGGACGGCCUGGUUUAGACGGUCGAGAUGGAAUACCAGGCGAACCGGGUUUAGAUGGUAUGCCAGGACGAAACGGAUAUGAUGGGGUUCCAGGUGUAAACGGAAAACCAGGUCUUUCUGGUAAAGAUGGGCGCAACGGUACUGACGGCAGACCUGGACUACCAGGACCACAAGGUCCUCCAGGACCCCUUGGACCAAAAGGACUUACUGGGCCCAAAGGUAAACCAGGAAGACACGGUAGAGAUGGAGAUCCUGGGAAACCUGGCGGUACAUUUUACCAAAUAAAUGGUAAAAAUGUGUCCGAAUUAUUAAUACCACCUUCCAUAGCUGGGGCUCAGAUGAAUCCUAUGGGACCAGUUGUAGUGCAUGAGGGAGAAAACAUUCGACUACACUGUUCAGCAAUAGGUAAUCCAAAUCCUCACGUGACCUGGCUAAAGUUGGGAAAACGACCGAUUAGCAGGGGAGCCUGGCAAGAUACAGGCGUUGCAGGACACACAUUAAACGUUACUAGAGUUAAUAGAGUUCAUAUGGGACAAUACAAGUGUGUUGCUGACAACGGCAUUCCUCCUCAAGCAAGCCAGACCUUUAAUUUGGAAGUAUACUUUCCGCCACUCAUCCGUAUUUACAACCAAGUGGUUGAGGUAACUACUGGAUCUUCCGCCGUUCUUGAAUGUGAAACUGAAGCUUUUCCUGACUCUAUCAGAUAUUGGGAACGUUCCGAUGGUCGCCUUUUGGAAAACGGAAAUAAAUAUCAAAUAGAUAAUUCACUCGACAGAGAUUUGUAUAAAGCAAGAAUGCAGUUGAAUAUUACACGAGUACAUCCAAGUGAUAUGGUAUACAAAUAUUAUUGUGUUAGUAAAAAUGAACUGAAGACAAUCAGAGGCGAGCUUCAAAUCCAAGAACAACAGCUUGGACGACCAAGGCAACAGUUCGGUGAUAAAAAAACAAGUAUCUAUGGUAAUCUACCUCCUGAACAGGUUUCAGAAGAAGACCUGUGCGGACCACCUGUUCAUUGCCCUGAAUGCGAAACUUGCAGCGCGAGUGGGGUGUCACUCAUUGAUCUCAUUAGUCGUUGGAAUAUUAGAAAAUUUGGAAACAUAAAAUACGACGCAGAUUACCUCAACAGAACAACAAAUUGUGUUUUAUACGCCGUUGGUAAGCCAGUUUAUCACCGUUACACAGAUCAUAACAACGGGUGUUGGAUGCGAGAUUCAAGUCCACACGUAGAAAAAGAUUCUGAAAAAAUCUGGGUUACGCAAGAUGACGAUUCAAAACACUUAUAUCAGUUUGAUAAUAAAACCAUGUUUAGAAGAAACAGUCCAUCAAAAACGUACACUUUGAGUUACCCAUUCCAAGGCAAUGCCCACGUGAUUUACAAUGGGUCCUUUUUUUAUCAUGCUAAAUCAACUAAUAAAAUUAUAAAAUUCAAUUUGGUCAAUAAUAAUUCAUAUAAUUUAUCACUUCCUUUUCCAUACUUGAGCAACGUUUCAAAUCUGUAUAGUGGCCAAUACAAUUAUAUGGACUUUAGCGUGGAUGACAAUGGAUUAUGGGUUAUAUUUCCUGUACCGGAGUCCAAUAACACUGCUGUGAUGAAGGUUGAUGCCAACAUGAUGAAAUACAACUACAUAUGGAAUGUAAGCAUAAAUCACCACAGAGUAGGAGAAAUGUUUAUUGUAUGUGGAGUUUUAUAUGCUGUAGAUAGCGUAACAGAUAGAAACACAAAAAUUCGAUUUGCUUUAGAUCUCUACAAUGAAAAACUUCUAGAUGUUAAUCUUGCAUUUUCAAAUCCAUUUAGAAAAACUACAAUGAUUGGAUACAAUCACAGAAAUAAGGAAUUAUAUACUUGGGACAAAGGAAAUCAGUUGACCUACCCUGUACGAUAUCAUGAACUAGGAUAUCACAAUUUAACAGAUAGGGACGAUAAAUCCUUGACGAGUGAAUUCGUGCAAAGAGAUACGGGGACCGGUUAUGACAUUUACCGUUAAUUCUUUAAAAAUCUAUUCACAAAACAGUUAAUCCAAAAGAUGCAGGAUACUGAUCAAGAUCUCAAAGAUUAAUAAAUAGGAGUAUUAUUUAAUAUUUUGUGUAAAAAUAGCAAUAAUUAUAUUAGCAAGCGAUACGCCUGAAGUACAUAAUUUUAAUACCUUUUAUUGUAACUUUUGAUUCUAACCGAAUAACACUGAAUGUAGGAUAUCUAGUAAAAUAGCUUUUAUAUUCAUUGAAAUGCAAUAUGAGAUGGUAAAAUUUGUAAAUAAAAGUAUGUUACUGUUA